AUGGUCGUAGUUCAAAUACCAACGCCAAUAGGGGCAGACGAGAACAAGUACUGUCGGUAUCAUCAGAAUCGAGGACAUACUACGGAGGAUUGUGUUACGUUAAAGGAUAAGCUAGAAACUUUGGUCCAGGCUGGACACCUUCAGAGAUUUGUUCAAAGAAGAGGGUCAUCAAGCAGAACCAGACGACCUCCAGUACAACAAGACCCUCUCAAAAGGAGGAGUCAGCAAAGAACCGAUCGAAGCAGAAGCAGGAGUGCCGACCGAACGGUCAGAGGAGUAAUCAACACAAUCUUAGGAGGGUUCGCAGGAGGCGGUUCAACAUCAGCUGCUAGAAAAAGGCACAUAAGAAAUUUACACAAUGUUAGUCGAACAGGAGCGCUGAAGAGAUCUAUGCCUACCAUUACCUUUUAUGAUGAGGACUUCCAUGCGCCCGAUCUGGAGCAAGAUGACCCGAUGGUUAUAACUACUAUGAUUGCCAGAUACCAGGUCGGUAAAGUUUUGGUGGAUCAGGGAAGCUCCGCCAAUAGGUCAUCAUCCUCCGAAGAAAUGUUCCAGGAUGUGGGUCAUAAGGUCUUCCUCUUCUCCCUACACAUCAACAAUAAUGGUGCAGGUGAUAGUGGUGCCACAACAACAAAGGUGUUGAUGGUAGUUGCAACAACUAAAUGGCAGUGA